AUGGCACUUCCAAAAGUAUUAAGUCCUGGUUUUUGGUUAGAUAAAGUUCUUAGGAUAUUCUUAAACCUAGUAUUGGCCAUCUUGUUACAUGUUUUACAUUUGAUUAAAGUCACUGGAACUCUUAUUGAAUUAAAACCGGAUGAACUUGAUGAAAAUUUAAUUGAAAAAAAAGAAAUUUCUAUGCCUUUCAUUCUCAAUACUAUUAAUGAUAUUAUUACUAACAAUCAACCUGAUGAUAAAAAAGAAGAAUAUCAAUCAUCAAUUGAUGAAGAUGAUGAAUCGGUUAAAGAAGAGUAUCAAUCAUCAAUUGAUGAAGAUGAUGAAUCAGUUAAAGAAGAAGAGGAAUUAUUUCAAAACAUUCACCAUAAUGUAUCAAGUUUUGAAAUGAAAACUUCUCAUGAUUAUAGGAGCAAUAUCACGAAAAAAUCUAACAUUAUACCAUUUGAGUUCCGUUGGAAACAUGGUGGUAGCAGAGUCUUCAUUACUGGUGACUUUGAUAAUUGGUCAGCAUGUAAACAUGAAAUGUCGAGAAUUCCAAAAACAAAUGAUUUUGUUGCUAUUAUUGAUAUUGAUUGCACUAAACAACAUGAUUUUAAAUUUAUUGUUGACGGUGAAUGGAAAUUCAAUUGGGAUCUUGAAACACGUUAUGAUGAACAUGGAAAUAUAAACAAUUUUAUCUAUGCUGCACCAACAUCUGAUUCUUUGAGUCCUGAAUAUAAUGACAAUGUUGGAUUCCUCAAUUCUCACUUUACUGCUGUAUAUUAA